CUCUUCCAGCAAACCCCUCAAAGACGGAACCAAAACCCUUUCAAUGGCGUCUUUGGGGAAGAAACGACUUGGUGUCGGUAACAGCGGCGGCGGCGAAGGGAUUGUUGCUAGAGUGACACGCACCGUAUCGGAGUCAGCGAUCGUGAACACUGCGAAACAUGCGGCGAAUGACGCGACCUACGUGGCGAAGAGGCUCGCUAAGAGCACGGGAAAGGCCGCGUGGAUCGCUGGGACUACUUUUCUCAUCCUGGUGGUACCACUCAUCAUCGAGAUGGACCGCGAGCAGCAGUUCAAUGAGCUUGAGUUGCAGCAACAGAGCCUCCUCGGCGCCCCUCCGGCCCCAAUCAGCAAGUGAGACCUUUUCUUCCUCCAAUAGGGUCUGUUCAGGCCAGAGUCUUUGGCGAUAGUGAACUAGUGAUCUAGUGUUGUUCUUUAAUUACUCGGACCAUGAAUGUGGAGUUUCCAAGUGAAACUUGAGGUUUAGUUUUGAUGUUUCA